AUGGCCAAGUUUGGUAUCCAAGUUAGUAUGGGGCAAUGUAGAAGAGCAAAGAAGUAUGCACUGAAACUUGUUGAAGGAAACCUUGUUGAACAUUAUGGUAAGCUAUGGUUAUAUGGUCAUGAGAUUUUAAGGACAAAUCAUGGGUCAACUGUGAAACUAGAUAUGGAGGAUGGGCCAGAUGGAAAGAAAUAUUUUAGCAAGUUCUAUUGUUGUUUUCAAGGAGUUAAACAAGGUUGGAUUGAAGGGUGUAGAAGGGUAAUUGGUCUUGAUGGAUGUUUUCUUAAAGGUGUUUGUAAGGGAGAAUUGCUUUGUGCUAUUGGGAGGGAUGCAAAUGACAAGAUAUAUCCUAUUGCUUGGGCAGUGGUUAAUGUGGAGAACAAGCAGAAUUGGAAGUGGUUUCUAGAGCUUCUCAUUGAUGAUCUACACUUGAAUUUAGGCAAUGGUGUCAGUUUAAUGUCAGACCAACAUAAGGGUUUGAUAGAGGCUGUUAAAGAGUUGUUGCCAUAUGUAGAGCACAGGCAGUGUGCUAGACAUAUUUGCCAGAAUUUACAGAAGAGAUUUACUAGUGCCAUAUAUCAUACCUUGUUUUGGAGAGCAUCUAAAGCCACAACUGAGCAUGCUUUUAAAUUUGUGAUGAAAGAAAUUGAGACAUUGAACCCAAAUGUCCAUCAAUAUCUCAUGGAGAAAUAUCCUAAAACAUGGUCUAGAGCUUUCUUUCAAACUGGAAGGUGUUGUGAUGCAGUUGAAAAUGGGUUCUCAGAAAGUUUUAAUGUUGUAAUAGUAGAUGCUAGGAAGAAGCCCAUAAUAACCAUGUUAGAGGAGAUAAGAUUAUACAUGAUGGACAGAAUCUACAACAUGAAAUUAAAGGGACAACAAUGGGGAAAUCGUAUUUGUCCAGAGAUAAGGGAUAAGGUGAAUUUGCUUAAAAAAGCUCAAAGGCAUUAUCAGGUACUACCAAGUGGAUUAAACCAGUUUGAGGUAAGGGGAGCAAUAGAUGCAUAUGAGGUGGACUUAGAAAGAAAAACAUGCUCAUGUAGGUUGUGGCAAUUGAAUGGAUAUGGAUGUGCUCAUUCUGUAGCUAGCAUAUCCUUUCUUAAUAGGGAUGUAGAAGCCUAUGUAGACAACAUGUUUAGCACAACCACAUUUAGAAAGGCAUACAAUUACAGAAUUGCUCCCAUGAAUAGCAGUGACAUGUGGCCAGAGACAAACUAUACUCCACCAUUGCCUCCUAUUAAUAGAAGGAUGCCUGGUAGGCCAACUACUAAGAGGAAGAAAUCCACUACUGAGAAUACAGGAACACACAGGGUUUCUAAGGCUGGAAAGAAAAUCAGAUGUAGUAUUUGCAAGGAGAUAGGUCACAACAAGGCCACUUGUCCACAGAGAAGGCCCCAAAAGUUAAAUGUGAAGAAACAGAAGAAACAAAAAGUAUGUGUGAACCAAAAUGCAGGACAGGGUAGUACAAGUGAACCACAACAACAUGAAGAGGUUGAAAUGACUCCAAUUGAGAUGGAUACUACUCAAAAUGAUAUGCAAGUUGCUCCUACUGAUGUUGAAUCUAGUAGUGCAUGGGAUUUUAGUCAUUAUAUGCAAUUUACUCCACCUAGAUGUUAUGAAGGUGAUGAGGGUGUUAUGGAUGAGGAAGCUGAUGUGGUUGAGGAAGUUGUUGUGGUUGAGCAAGUUGUUCAAGAUGAGGAGGCUGAGGAGGUUGAUCCUGUUAUCCAAGUUGAUAAUGUAAAUGUUCAGGAGGUUGAUGAGGUUAAUCCUAAUGCCCAAGUGGAUAAUGGUAAUGUUCAGGAGGUUGCUCCUGUUAACCAAGUUUAG